CUUUAUUUUCUUUCAUUCGUCAACAGAGAAUUGUCAAAGUUAGUUGCGUGUAAAUAACGUGGUGUCUGAAAAUAUUAAUUUUUGUGGAUUUUCUAUUGGAAUUGUUUGUUUUUUUAUUAAUUUAAAUAUAAUGAGUGAUGACGAGGAGCAAGUUAACACCAAAUCCCACAAACAACUGCUGCAGGCUAUCAGCAGUUUGGGUAAAACGCAACACAUAAGAAAAUCAACACGUGAUGAACCCAAAUUGCAGCAAGAUGAAUUUCAAUUGGUCAAAGCAGCUCCUGCGACCAAAAAAUCCCAACCGGUGGGAGUUAAUGAUAUAGUGCAAGUGCUAAAGGGUACUAAGAAGCAUUUAAAUGCGGGCAAACAAUUGAAAACUGUGGUUAACACUAAAAAGGUGUUGGACAAACCUUUGGAAAAACCAGCAGCCGAGAGAAUAAAACGUACCAUAGGCUAUGAAAAUGUUAAAAAGAAGUUGGCCAAAUGGGAUGCAGUGGUGGCCAAGAAUAGGUCGGCGGAAACUCAGGUCUUCCCUUUGAAAGGUGAAACAAUUUAUGUAAAUACCUCUCUUAAUCGCAAACCUCUGGAGCAAUCCGUUAAAAGCGAUUUAAUGAUGCAAAUGGAGGAAUUGGAGAAUAAAUAUGCCCAACUAAAACGUCAACAAAUGGGCGAUACCGAUGAUCCCCAAGAAUUACAACGUCGUGAGCAGGAGCUAUUGAAAAAGAAAAUGACCAAAGAGGAGCUUAUAGCUAAACGCAAAGAAUUGGCCUAUUUGAAAAUGCGCGAGUCCCAAAAAUCCGCCAAAGCACGUUUACAAAAUAAAAUCAAAUCCAAAAAGUAUCACAAACUAUUGAAGCGUCAAAAGAUGCAGGAACAAAUUAAACAAUUUGAAUUGUUGCAAAAGACCAAUCCCGAAGCAGCCUUGGAAAAACUAAAUGCUUUAGAAAAGUCAAGAGUUUUGGAAAGAGCCAGUUUGAGACACAAGAAUACGGGCACAUGGGCUAAGAAUUUGCAAGUAAGAGCAAAAUACGACAAAGAUGUGCGUAAAGAUUUGUCCGAACAAUUGCAAAUCAGUAGACAAUUGACCCAAAAGACACAGGAUGAUGAAUCGGACAAUGAAAAUAAGGAAAUUGAAAAUACAGGCAACUCUGUAGCAGCACAAGAAGAUGAGGAAAUGGAUUAUGAUCCUUUUAAUCCCUGGACUAAAGUAGGCAAAAACUCCAAUAAAGCAGCCACGGCAGAACAAGAAGAUAAAGCCAAUUGGCGUAAAUAUUGGUUAGAACGUAAUGACAAUGAAAAAAUGAUGGAAGAAUAUAAAAAACUACUAAAGGAUGAGGAAGAGGAACACGAAAGUGCAGAAGAAAAUGUAACAGAUGAAGAAACUACAGAAGCUCAACAAAAGGGAAAUAAGAAAAGUGCAAAGAAAACUAAAACUGCAAAGCUCACAAAGAAAUCUCCUAAAAUUGAGAAUGGCUGGGUGGUAGAAGAAAUAGAUCCUACGACCACUAAAUCUAUAGAUGAUAUAUUCGAUGCCCAGGAGGAUAUAAUUAAAGAAAAUUUAAGCAAAAAAUUAGAAAUUAUUAAAAAUAAAGCCAAAGAAUUAAAGGCUGGAAACAAAAAACAAAUCAAACGUUUGGGAAAAACACCCGAAGAUGCCUUAAAGAAUCUUAAAGAUUUGUCCUUUAAAAAUGAAGUUAAAAAGCCCAUAAUAGAUGAAGAACUAACCAAUGAGCUAGAUGAAAAGAAGGAUGAACUGGAAAGAAGUAAAAAUUUGAUAGAACAAGUAGAAAAAGAGGAUAAUGCUACUAAAGCCCUAAGCGAUACUAUAGAUCCUACUAAAUUGGCAGCUGUAAAAUUGAAACAGCAUGGCAUUGGUUAUGGCAGCAUUAAUGAAACCCUGGAUGAUGUCGCUAUGGAUGAGGAAGAUGAGUUAGAUGCCGAUGCCGAACAGCAAAUGACUAUUGCCCAGGCCUUCGAAGAUGAUGAUAUAGUGGCAGAUUUCAGCAAAGAUAAGACCAAGGAUUCUGAAGUUAAAGAUGCCGAAAUACAACUUUCCAUGCCAGGAUGGGGUUCUUGGGCUGGUGCUGGUAUUUCAAAAGAACAAAUGGAAAAACGCAAUAAACGUUUGCUGUUGAAAUUGGCACCCAAAGAAAAAAGACGCGAUGAAAACAAAGAUGGUGUUUAUAUCAAUGAGGAAGCUAGCAAACAAUUACGACAACAUUUAGUCUCCGAUAUACCCUUUCCCUUCACCUCUCUCAAGGAUUAUGAGGCCAGUAUAAGGGCUCCCUUGGGACGUAAUUUUGUCACUGAAACCGCCUUCCGUUUGCUGACCAGACCCUCGGUGAUAACACAAAAGGGUAAGAUUAUAGAGCCCAUGGAUGAAAGUGAAUUACUGAAACCACAACGUAAACUUAGAAACCCAGUAGAUAUAAGAAUUGCUAAAAUGUCCCAAGACAAAAAAACUAAAGCGUAGUUGGAUUUAUUUGUGUAAAAACAAAAAAUAAAUGAAAUGCUUAGAGAUGUUAUAGUUAUAAAUUUUAAUUAAAGUUUUUCAAUGAAAUCAAUAAAAAAACCUGUAAAA